UGACAAAUUUGGAGCGUUAUCGGUUUCUUCCCCCCUACCAAAGAUACGUGCCCGUCUAACAGAGAGAGAGUGUGUGUGGGUGCGUGACCUUGUUUCUAGCAGAAGGGAGAAGGACGCCAUCUCUGUCAGAGGGCUUCUGCCGUUUUCCAUUUCCAGGAAGAGACCAUGCCGGAAACCAUUAGUCUCCAUCACGUCACAUUCUUCUCUCUGCACGCAAGUGAGCCAACAAGAAACCUCAGAAGCAGGACCCUGCUCCUGAAGAGAAAUCCCAAGUUUUUGGUUUCUGGAUUGUCCUUGAUCGGGCAUGGCUUCGAGCAUAAAAGGCUUGCCUCUGGCAAUCGCCUUCUGCCGGAAAGGAAACCCAUUUUGUGGCCCUCUGGAGGAUCGAUGUUGGUGGGUGGAGUGACUAAAGAGAAGCUGAAGAAUAGAGACGUAACUGUUGCUUCCAUGGCCACCGAGAAGCCCAAAAAGAGAUACCCAGGUGAGGCCAAGGGGUUUGUGGAGGAGAUGAGGUUUGUCGCUAUGAAACUGCACACUCCUGAUCAGGCAAAGGAAGGGGAGAAGGUCUCAGACGAACAGCCGAUGGCAAAGUGGCAGCCGACCAUCGAAGGGUAUCUGAAAUUUUUGGUUGAUAGUAAAGUGGUCUUUGACACGCUCGAGCGGAUUGUGCAGACAGCCCCUGCAUAUUCGGAGUUCAAGGAUACAGGUCUAGAAAGAUCAGAAAACUUGGCAAAGGAUUUGGAAUGGUUUAGGAGUCAGGGACAUACCAUCCCAGAACCAUCAGGCCCUGGAACUACCUAUGCUGCUUAUCUCGAGGAGAUCUCUGAAAAUGAUCCUCAAUCGUUUAUAUGUCAUUUCUAUAAUACAUACUUUGCUCAUAGUGCUGGAGGUCGGAUGAUUGGUAGAAAGGUGUCAGAGAUGAUACUGGACAACAAAUUACUGGAUUUCUACAAGUGGAACGGUGAUCUUCCUAAAUUAUUGCAGAAUGUGCGAGAUAAGAUCAACAAACUUGCAGAGAGUUGGACUAGAGAAGAAAAAGAUCAUUGCUUGGCAGAGACGGAGAAGUCAUUCCAGUACUCGGGGAAAAUCCUUCGCUUGAUAUUGUCAUGAUGCAUUGGGCAUAUUUUGUCCGAUUUAAUUGAAAUGUAAUUAUGACAAUGGGAAAGGUUGUCUCACUUUCUUCUGUUCCUUCUGGCUUUAAAAAACUUUGAAGUCCAUACCUCUAUGCAUAGCAUUUUGUACAAAGAUGGUAAAUUCGAAGUUAUUUCUUUCCAUGA